AUGCACAGCGACCCGGUGCUGGGCAACGCCGCGGAGGAGGUGGUCAUGUACGUGCAGGAGUGGCACCCCGACGCCCACGCCAAGCUGCGGGAGAAGCUCGAGGUGGCGUCGCGGGUGCCCCCACCACCGCCGCCGCCGGAAGCAGCCACGAAAAAGGCACGCGACAAGUCCAAGGCGGCGGCGGCGGCAGAAGCAGUGGCAGAAGCAGAAGCAGAAGCAGCGGAGACUGCGAAGACUGUGGGGGCGGAGGGGUGUAGUUACGUCGCCGUCCCGCUGCGGGCUGUCGCGGGGGUGUCGAAUGAGGCCCUCACCGUCAUCGCAGCCGCCGUCGCGCUGCGGCGCCGCAAGGCGGGCGAGCUGCCGCUCGCCACCGCACCGAAGCAGCGGCCGCCGACGCCGCUGCCGCCGGCGCCGGAGCCCCGGCCGGAGCUUCAGCCGCUCUUCGACGCCCGCGCGGCGCUGCGGCUCACGGAGGAGGGCGGCGACGACGACGACGACGACGGUGAUGCCGCCGGUGGGGCGGAGUGA